CAUCCGGCCGGUUUGAACGAGUUUCACUCUGCAGCACAUAUAGACCUGCAGUCACUGAAGUCAUUUCAGAGCCAGGAUAUGUGAGCUAAUGCCCUCCCCCUCCACCAUCACUAUCUCCAUCUCUCUGAUAUGCAGAGGGACAGAGAGUAGGGUUUGGUGUCAGAAGAGGGAGGAGCUUUCAACAGAGGAAGAAAGAAGACUUCAGAAACACCCAGCUGUCUGACUGGUGAUGGUUUAGUAGGACUGAGAGUAGCUGACAGAGAAGCUGUUGUGGACCUGGGCAUGUUGAUGCACCAGGUGGUAGUAUGGUAACUGUGAUAGUAAAGUAACUUUAACAGUAUAGUAACUAUGGUAGUAAAGUAACUUUAACAGUACAGUAACUGAGGAGUAACUGUCCAGAAUGAAGAUAUUCCAUGUUGUCUCCUGCUGCCUCCUUUCAGCUCUCUGUGUUGUGGAGUCAGUCAUCACUAAGGCGACUGGAGUUGUUGGGGGACAGGUCACAAUUCAGUGCUCAUAUGCAGAUAAACGGUUUGGAAAAAGCAAUGGCAAGUACUUCUGUAGCAAGAAAUGUGACAGUUACAAUGACAUUCUGGUUCAAACUCAGAAGAACAAGAACUAUAUUGAGAAAGGAAGAUACACCAUACAUGACAAAAGAAAUGGAGACUUCACUGUUACCAUCAAGAACCUGGUGAAGUCAGACUCUGGGACCUACUGGUGUGGAGUCGACAGAUCUAUAAAAGAUUCAUACCAAGAGGUGGAUCUCACAGUCACAGAUGCUCCUCCUAAACCAUCAACUGUCACCUCCAAACCUCAUGUCACCACAACAUUCAUUCCAUCAGGAGACAUCAGUGUUGGUCCUUCACAGACAGCAGGUACCUCAGUGGUGAUCAUUGUGUGUGUUAGUCUGGCUGUGUUGGUGUUUGCUGUCAUCCCCCUCAUAUUCUACAGGUGCUGGCACAGCAACAAGGCUCUAGGGGCAAUCUCUAACAGGCCUGAUGCAGGAAGCACUGGAGAGGAGGAUGAAGAAAGUAGAUAUUCUACCCAGAAUGCAGUGGACCCUCGGCCCGUGUCCAAAGCUGACCCAGCAUGCAUUGCUCAUGACCCCGCCCUCUACCAAUCAGCCUAUCAGGCGCUGGAACACAAAGCAUUGGAUAUCUACCGGAGUCUCGACGAUGUCACUGCUACUGACUCUGAAUAGACUCUGUAGAACUAAUUAAAGUCUAUUAUGUAAUUAAGUUCUAAUAUGUAAUUCUAUGGUCUGUAGUCUGAAGAGAAGAGGUUGUCUGAUCGUCUGGUUGUGACACAGCGUUGUUGUUACCAGAGCUGGGGACCAAUUCAAUUCAAUUGAUUUCCAUUUCAAUACAGACAAUGAAUCACAAGUCAUCAUUGAUUUACCAUCAUUUUCCAUGUGGACUUUUCAAUCAAUGAAUGGAAUUUCACUUCACUUCCUGAAUUGACGGAGUUGAAACAUAUAGUUCAUUAUAAUAACUUGUUGGGUUCUAACUUGCGUGAUUAUAGACUAUAAGAGGUUAAGGACCAUAAGCCUUGGAGGUGCAAAUAUACAAUCAACUGUGUUAAUCAUGUUUGUUUUCUAAGUCAUUUCCAAGUUGAUAUAUUUUAGUAUGGAGUUACUGUUAAAAAUGAGGGACUGUUGGGCUGCUUGAAAUAACAUGAAAUGUCCUCAUUAAUGUUUAUUAGAACUGGGUGUAUAGAAAAACUGAGAGUGAAAGGGGAGUGCAGAAAGAUUACAUUCUGUCACAACAUGUGAUAAAAUAAUUGAUAUGUUUAAGGUUUUGACUAAAUGAUUCCACCCUGAAAAUGUAUAACUUAGUGAUUAUAAUACUAAUUCUAUAACUGUGUGUGCAUAGGACAAGCUAAGACUUUACUAUUUAGCAAUAUAAGUGAGACAUCCAAGGAAAAGGAGAACUGUUAACAGACAGCAGACAACUUGUGACCACUGUGAAACUGAUAACAGGAAGAAGGUCUCCCCACCCAGGGAGGGGAGAAACCUUUAGGCUUACAGUAGAUUAUGUAACAUGGGGCAGGAUAUGAUAAGCAAUGUAUGUGAUGGAGAAGACUUGUAAAUAAGCAUUGACAGUGUUAAAAAAGAGGAGGGGCAUUUGUAAGGGGUAUGACAUAUGGUAUGACCAAAUGUUAGGUAUAAAAGGCUGUGUACAUUGUAUGAUAUUCAGAGCUCUCGUGAAUAAACUUGGUUGACUAUU